GACCACAGAACGGCGUGGUUGACUUCGUUCGCAACAUUGUUCAAAGCCCCAGACGAUCACAUCCAUCACUCGGACGAGGAAGAAGACCACGACCAGGCACCUCUUCUCUCGCGCGAGGACCGGACGGUCGGUCGCCCCUCACUGGAAGACGAGAUCGACACAUUUGCGGAUGCGCUAGGCGACGGGCCAGCGGCGCGCGCAACUGGCACGUUGUUGGAUGGAAUAGCGAAUAUGGCCAACUCCAUCCUCGGCGCUGGUAUCAUCGGCCUCCCCUACGCGAUAAAGCAGGCUGGCUUCGUGACCGGCAUUGUCUUGCUCAUCGUCCUGGCGGCCGUGACGGACUGGACGAUCCGGCUGGUGGUGUUGAACGCCAAGUUGUCCGGCCGCGACUCGUACAUCGACGUGAUGGCGCACACGUUCGGCCGCGCGGGCGCGGGCGCUGUGAGCUUUUUCCAGUUCGCGUUCGCAUUCGGCGGGAUGUGCGCGUUCAAUGUGAUCAUCGGGGACAGCAUCCCGCACGUGCUUGCGUUCGUCUUCCCUUUCCUGAAAGAACAUGCGGGACUGCGGCUGCUCGUCGACCGCCGCUUCAUCAUCGUACUGUGCACGAUUACGGUGUCGUUCCCGCUCAGCCUGCACAGAGACAUCGUCAAGCUGAGCAAGAGCUCGGCGUUUGCGCUCGUUAGCAUGGGCGUGAUUGUGUGCGCAGUCGUGUUCCGCAGCGUCGGCGUGGACCCGGACCUGAAGGGCUCGACGGCUGGCGCCAUCAGCUUGAUGAAGCCGGGCGUCUUCGAGGCCAUCGGCGUGAUCUCGUUUGCUUUUGUCUGCCACCACAACACAAUGUUCAUCUACAAAUCGAUCUCCGUGCCGACACUGGAUAGGUUCAACGCGGUCACGCACACGUCGACGUCGCUGUCGCUCGUCUGCUGCCUUCUGAUGAGCGUGACCGGCUACCUGACAUUCACAGACAAGACGGAGGGCAACAUCCUGAACAACUUCUCCGCAGACGACUGGGUAAUCAACAUCGCCCGCUUCUGCUUCGGCGCCAACAUGAGCACGACGAUUCCCCUCGAGAACUACGUGUGCCGCGAGGUCCUCGAGGACUGCUUCUGGCGUGGGCAGCCGUACAACCGCACCCGCCAUGUGCUGAGCACGUGCGCGAUCGUGUUCAGCGCCAUGUUCAUCAGUUUGUUGACGUGCGAUCUUGGCGUCGUGCUCGAGAUCGCGGGCGGGUUGAGUGCCACAGCACUCGCGUUCAUCUUCCCUGCAGGGGCGUUCUUCGUCCUCACCCGCGGGCCGUGGAACUCGAGACAAAAGCUCCCCGCCGUCAUCUGCGUCGCCUUUGGCACAAUAGUCUUGCUCAUGAGCACGGGCAUCGCCGUCACUAAGGCGUUCACCGGCAAUGUGUCGCACAAGAAGUGCGAUUAAUGACUCGGCUUCUUAUCACGACCAAAACGAACAGCUCAUCCCGCAUACCCCAGCUUCAACGCAAACCCAUUGUAUGCAUAUAUUGCUGCGCGAUCCC